AUGAUGUCUUAUCUUAAGCAACCACCUUACGCAGUCAAUGGCCUGAGUCUCACCACCUCGGGCAUGGAUUUGUUGCAUCCGUCCGUCGGUUAUCCCGGUAAGGCACCUUUUUCUCCCUCUCCCACCCCCCGAAAGCAGAGGCGGGAGCGCACCACCUUCACCCGGGCGCAGCUGGACGUGCUGGAGGCCCUGUUCGCCAAGACCCGCUACCCCGACAUCUUCAUGCGGGAGGAGGUGGCCUUGAAAAUCAACCUGCCCGAGUCCAGAGUGCAGGUGUGGUUCAAAAACCGCCGGGCCAAGUGCCGGCAGCAACAGCAGCAGCAGCAGAACGGGGGCCAGAACAAGGUGAGGCCGGCCAAAAAGAAGAACUCGCCGGCCCGGGAAGUGAGCUCGGAGAGCGGGACCAGCGGGCAGUUCACACCCCCCUCCAGCACCUCGGUCCCCACCAUUUCCAGCAGCAGUGCCCCCGUGUCCAUCUGGAGCCCGGCGUCCAUCUCCCCUCUCUCCGAUCCCCUGUCCACCUCUUCCUCCUGCAUGCAGAGGUCCUACCCCAUGACCUACACCCAGGCAUCGGGUUACAGCCAAGGAUACGCCGGCUCGACCUCCUAUUUCGGAGGGAUGGACUGUGGAUCUUAUUUGACCCCUAUGCACCACCAGCUCCCCGGACCGGGGGCCACCCUGAGUCCCAUGGGUGCCAACGCGGUCACCAGCCACCUCAACCAGUCUCCAGCCUCCCUCUCCACCCAGGGCUAUGGAGCCUCCAGUUUGGGCUUUAACUCCACCACCGAUUGCUUGGAUUAUAAAGACCAAACCGCCUCCUGGAAGUUAAACUUCAAUGCUGACUGCUUGGAUUAUAAAGACCAGACAUCCUCAUGGAAGUUCCAGGUUUUGUGAAGGCCCACGGGAACCUUUGUGAUAAUAAGAGAAAUCGUGACGAGAACAAAACACGCUGGGCCAAACGCUCCAGCUUUAGUCAGGUCUUGGUUAAAUUAAAGAGAAAAUAACUAAACGGACAAACGGACAAACAAACGAACAUAAAUCCGACGACGACGACAACGGCGACAAAAGAGGGACAGUGUUGGUGUGACCACGUUCAGACUCAUCUCCUGCUCAGACGCUCUGGAAAAGGAACGACAAAGAGGAAAACGGAGGAGGAAGGCCUUAAACGGACAGAUCAUCUAGUGAGCAGAAAACAGACAGACCAAUCCGUGUUCUUUAUAGUUUUAGGCAAUUGUUGGGUUUCUUUGUUUGGAAGAGGUGGGAGAUCGUUCCACCUACGGGCCAGUUUUUAAACAACAAAAAAAAAAGUCUAGGUUUUUAUUUCUUUUUGUGUGUGCGUGGAAAGAUCCUUCACCCAGAGGUUUCCAACGUGUUAGCCAACCCUUGGUUAAAAUAUUCGGAAUGGACAGCGUCUCUCUUUCUCUUUUUCUCCCCUUUUUUCUCCCUCCUUCCCUCCCUCUUUCUUUCUCUCUCGCGCUCAUCCAACUGUUUGAUGCCCAACUCAAGUGGGCACCGAGAGAACUUGGUUCAGGGCUGUGUGGGUUGUGUGACUGAUUGUCCUAGCUGCACUACUUUAUUUAAAGAAAAAAAAAAAAUAAUGUUCAUAAGGAGUCAAUAUGUAGUUUUUAAGAGACAAUCAGUGUGUGUCUUAUAUAAAUGGUACAUCUGUGGUUUUUAAUCUGUGCUAGACUUCAAAACUGUGAUCUCCUGUAUUGUAUGCAACUACGAACUCCGCACCAGCGGG